AUAUUUUAUAGUGGGUUUAUAGAGUUGGAAAACAUCGACAUGGUGCAGUAAGCCUAAUAGUUUUUAGUAUCAAAAAUACUUUAUUUGCUAGAGUUUUUAUCCUCAACCCUUCAAAAUUAUUCAAAAAUGUGGUUUCAGUUUCUUGAUGUACCUAGCUCGUGAAUUUUUGUGGCAGGACUUUGAGGCUUCCAUAAAAAGAAGAUUACUUGUUAUUAAAGGCUUAGAAACUGACAAACAUUGGACUAUCAUUAAAUCGCGCAGAGUUUAUUUGAAAUAUGUAGUACCUAAAUGCAAAGGGACACUGUUGCCUUUGUAAACAUUUGACCAAUCCGAUUGAUAGAUUUUUGAUUACUUGAAAGAAAGCGUAUCUACUUAGUAACCAAUAUGAGAACUGUCACGCAUAUCAUCAUAGGGCGAUAUGGCGACAUCAACUAUACGAAUACAAUCGUUGUCGAUCGCACGCAAAUAGCGACGCGCGCACAGAUGAGUUGCAGCGUAAACAUCGUUUGCCUGUGUAACUCAUCUGUGCACGCGGUUUUGUGUGUGCCUUGUAAGCACACAGCGUUCAUUUGUGUGACAGUGACGCAUCGGUCGUCGUCCGAGCAACACGCGGGCUUAUCGCCUUUUAGCACGGGUACAGUCGUCACUAAAAAUGUCUAGUCCUUCGCGGAGGAAAUGUAUAAGAAGUCAGACCCGUGAAACGAUUGCCAAAGUUUACGACUUUUUGAAAAGAGAUGCGUCAGAUAUACUACAACUAGCAAGUGAUCCAGUUUGCAAGAGCAGUCCAGUUUUACUAGAAAAAUUGAGGGAUCAUUUAAAUAGCGCGCGAAAAAGAACAGCCGUGGCAGUGGGGGUCUCAGAAAGGACAGUGACUAAUAUACUGGCUGAAGAGAAAGAAACAAAAUUUAAAUGUCCGUAUGAGAAUCGAAAGAAACGUGCGAAGAAGUUGGAAUUGGACCAAUUUAACGUUGAUGUCAUACGUUCAACUAUUGAGAAUUACCAGUCAGAACAUCAAGAGUUACCUACUUUACUAGAGUUGAAAAAAAUAUUUCAAGAAAAACUUAAUUAUUGUGGCAGUAUCACGACUCUACGUACUGCUUUGUUACAGUUGGGAUAUUCAUGGCGGAAAACUGGAGGGAAAAAACCAGGAAUAGUGAAGAAUGAAAUUAAUAAAUUAACACUCAAGGCAAAUUAAUUAUGGAAUGUGGAACUACUUGUCGACGUGUAAAAAACUGUAGUAAAGUAUAUUACAGUCAUUUAUAUUGACCUAGAAAUAGAGUUCAUAAUUAUUAACAUUGGCGAUAACAUUUCUUCUGAUUAUUUUAGUACCUAGCGAUAUUGAAUAAGGCAUAUUAUGUAAAUAAUAAACGCAUACUUGUUACUUUAUUUGCCUGCAAUACAUGUUUUUUCUCUCUAAUAUUAAGUUCUUGACGAUUUCCAUGCGUGCGCCAAAAUAAAUAAUUCGUAUUUGAAUUUUGAACACGGCUGUACCUCUCGUUACGCACACAACAUCGCUGCAUUUUUACAUGAGCUCCACAACAUGGCGUCGCGCGCAGAGAUGUCUUGAACUAUACACAUAGUAAUCUGUAAAUAUGUUGUAUGACACUGCUCAGUAAAAUAAAAUAAAUGAUUAAAUUUCUAUAAAAAUAAUAACAUUUAAUAUAUUUUUGUUUAAUAAUAUAAAAAGUCCGUCAUAAAACUACAUUCAGCGCCAUCUAGAUUUUCUUGUAGUAACUAAAAUGUCCGUCUGCAAGCUAAUAAAGGCAUCUCCCAGAUGACGCAUCGGUGAAUGCUUUGCGCCAUGAAGCAACGCCAUCUGUUGUUACGUUUAUAAAACACCGAAGUGUUUUAUUUACAUUGUAGUGUUUAUUGUUUUUAUAAUAUUUAUUCUGGUCCUGAUAACUUCUUAACCUUGAAUGCGUUCUUCUUUCCCAAGGCCAUGAUGCAAAUAAUCUUGUAUUUUCGCAAAUAGCUUCUUCAGUACUGGUAAAAUAAGUUUGGUACUUUUGUUUCUUAUUUGUAAUAAUUGGACUUUUCUCAUAAUAGGCUGUUUAUAAGCAUUUGCAGAUCUACAUAUUUGUAUUGGUAGAUAACUUAUAACAAAAUAAACAUUUCUAACUAGCUCGA